CUUUUCGUCUUCCAAAGAUCGUCGCAUUCAAGAAGCAAGGAGACCAGACCAAAACCAGUGUCGAGCGCGCCCAAACCCCAAACGCCAAACCCCCGCCUCAAAAACCACCCAAAGCGAAGCGCAGCGGCAGAGGCAGAGCACCACCACCUUACCCGAGGAGACGAGCCGCAGCAGCGAGCAAAGCAGAGCCCCGCCCCCCACCUUGCUUCAUCUCAUCGAUUGCGAUGAUGGAGAUUCCACCACGCGCGCCUGCAUCCUCCUUCCCCGUAUAGCCCCCCUCUCCUAUCCUACCUCGCUUCAUUCCCCAAAUCAGCAGCAGCAAGAACCUCCCUCCUCUGUUCUCCGACCAAGUUUGAAUCUUCCCGACAAAGAAUCGAUUGGUUGCAGUAGCUCCGGAGCGGGGAGAUGGCGAAGGCGGAGAAGCUGGUGGUGGAGGUGGUGGCGGCGCACAACCUGAUGCCCAAGGACGGGCAGGGCUCCUCCUCGCCCUACGUGGAGGUGGAGUUCGACCACCAGAAGCGCCGCACCAGGCCCAGGCCCAAGGACCUCAACCCCGUCUGGAACGAGCGCCUCCUCUUCCCCCUCGCCGACCCCGACGACCUCCCCUACCGCGCCAUCGACGUCGCCGUCUACAACGACCGCGCAUCCUCCGCCUCCGCCUCCGCCGGCAACGGCCGCAACUUCCUCGGCAAGGUCCGCGUCCCGGCUGCCGGCGUGCCGGCUCCCGGGGAGCCCGUCGUGCCGCAGCUCUUCACGCUCGAGAAGCGCAGCCUCUUCUCCCACAUCCGCGGCGAGAUCACCCUCAAGAUUUACCGCACCGGCGCCGGGGCCGGGGAGAUGGUCGCCAAGGCGAGCAAGCAGGAGAAGCAGGCCAAGGCGCCAGAGGUCGUGGCCGCGCCGCCUCUGUCGGGGAACAGGAAGCAGCAGCAGCAGCACAACCAGCAGCAUAACCAGCAGCCGGUGGUGCCCGUGCGGCCGCACCAUCCGCCGCCGCAGCAGCAGCAGCAGCCACAGGCGCCCAUGGACAUGAUGCCGCACCCGCAGCCGGCGCCCAUGAAGCCGGUAAUGCUCUCCGACCACUACCCCGCCCCGCCCUUCUUCUCCGGCCCCGCCGACUUCGCCCUCAAGGAGACGCGGCCCAGCCUCGGCGGCGGCCUGACAGCCGACAAGGCGAGCGCGACCUACGACCUGGUGGAGCAGAUGCAGUACCUGUACGUGCGCGUGGUGCGCGCGCGCGGCGCGGCGGCGCAGGGCGGGGAGGCCGUCGUGGCCGAGGUCAAGCUCGGGAACUACCGCGGCGUGACGCCCGCCGCGGCCGGGCAGCACCAGUCGUGGGACCAGGUCUUCGCCUUCUCCAAGGAGACCAUCCAGUCCUCGUUCGUCGAGAUCUUCGUGCGCGCCCGCGGCGGCGGCGGCGACGACCACCUCGGCCGCCUCUGGUUCGACCUCUCCGAGGUUCCCCGCCGCGCGCCGCCCGACAGCACGCUGGCGCCGCAGUGGUACGCCAUGGAGGACCGCAAGGGCGAGCGCGGCGGCGUGGAGGUCAUGGUCGCCGUGUGGUACGGCACCCAGGCCGACGAGGCGUUCGGGGAGGCCUGGCAUUCCAGGGCCGCCGCCGUGCAGGGCCACGGCCCCCUGGGAUCCAUCAAGUCCAAGGUCUACGUCGCGCCCAAGCUCUGGUACCUUCGGGUGUCCGUCAUCGAGGCGCAGGACCUGCUCCCCAUGGACAAGCAGGGGCUCAUGGGGAUGGGCAGGUACCCGGAGCUCUUCGUGCGCGCGCAGAUUGGGAGCCAGAUGCUGCGGACACGGCCGUCGCCGGUCAUGGCGAACCGGGGGCCGUCCAGCCCGUUCUGGAACGAAGACCUCAUGUUUGUGGUUGCUGAGCCGUUUGAGGAGUUCUUGGUGCUGUCGCUGGAGGAUCAUGUGUCACCUGGAAGGGACGACGUUCUCGGCCGCCUCGUCCUUCCGGUGUCCGCCAUUGAGAGGCGCUGGGACGAGAAGCUUGUUGUCUCCAGGUGGUUUGGGCUGGACCGUAGCACUGGUGCUGGCAAUGUCGCCGCCAACAACCCCAACAGGUUCGGGAGCCGGGUGCAUCUCCGGCUAAGUCUCGAUGGCGGCUACCAUGUUCUGGAUGAAGCAACGGCGUAUAGCAGCGAUCUCAGGCCGACGGCGAAGCAGCUGUGGCACCCGCAUGUUGGCGUGCUCGAGCUUGGCGUGCUUGGAGCUAGUGGACUGAUACCGAUGAAGGCUGGCAAUGGCAGGGGUGCGACGGCAGAUUCGUACUGCGUUGCAAAGUAUGGGCAGAAGUGGAUCCGCACUCGAACCGUCGUCGACUCGGUGUGCCCCCGGUGGAACGAGCAGUACACCUGGGAGGUGUUCGACCCCUGCACCGUGAUCACCGUCGGCGUGUUUGACAACUGCCAUGUCGACAAGCCGGCAUCAGGGAACACCACGGUUGCUGUCCGUGACAACUGCAUCGGCAAGGUCCGCAUCAGGCUCUCGACAUUGGAGACGGACAGGGUGUACACCCACGCUUACCCGCUCCUCAUGCUGCAUCCGUCGGGGGUGAAGAAGAUGGGGGAGCUCCACCUAGCCGUGCGCUUCGGGUGCGGCAAUGCGGGCAACAUGUACCAUGCCUAUGUCCGCCCGCUGCUGCCCAAGAUGCACUAUGUGGAGCCGCUGCUUGUGCGCCAGGUCGAGAGCCUGCGGUUCCAGGCCACGAGCGUCGUUGCUGCCCGGCUUGGCCGCACCGAGCCGCCUCUUGGCAAGGAGGUUGUGGAGUACAUGCUGGAUCACCGCUCGCAUCUGUGGAGCAUGCGGCGCAGCAAGGCCAACUUCUUCCGCCUCGUCGCCGUGCUCUCUGGUCUGAUCGCCGUCGGCAGGUGGUUCGAGCUGGUUCGCUCGUGGCAGCACCCGGUGCACUCUUGCGUCGCCGUGUUCACGUUCCUGGUGUUCGUCCUCAUGCCGGAGCUGAUCCUGCCGACGGCGUUCCUGGUGAUGGCGUUCACCGGGCUGUGGAGGUACCGUGUCCGUCCCAGGAACCCGCCUCACAUGGAUAUGCGGCUGUCUCAUGCAGACGCGGCCACCGUGGACGAGCUGGACGAGGAGUUCGACACCUUCCCUUCCAGCCGCGGCGACGUCGUCCGCUUCAGGUACGACCGCCUCCGCAGCGUGGCGGGGAGGGUGCAGACGGUGGUCGGCGACAUCGCGACGCAGGGCGAGCGGAUGCAGGCCGUCCUCAGCUGGCGCGACCCGAGGGCGACGCUGCUCUUCUCCAUCGCCUGCGUCGCUGCUGCGGUCGUCGCCUACGCCGUGCCGAUGAAGGUGCUGAUCGGGCUCUCGGGCCUGUACGCCAUGCGCCCGCCGCGGUUCCGCAGCAGGAUGCCGUCCCUGCUCAUGAACUUCUUCCGGAGGCUGCCUUCCAAGGCCGACAUCCUGCUCUGAUCCUUGGUAGCAACCACUGCAGCUGCAAAAUGGGUAACUAACCAUGUGGCCGAUUCAGUUAUUGGUUAUGUUGGCUGGAAGGGAAUGAUGCUCUAGCAAGAAACAAACUUGUUGUUUGUUCGCCGAAGAUGGUGGUGUCUGGUUUGAUUGUGUCUUACCUUAAUUUCUGUUAGUGAUUAGAUAAUGCAUGCUGCUGCUCGGCAUUGCACCUUGUAGUAACAGCAGUAGUAGCAGAAGACGACUUUCAGUAGCUAGCAUAGCAGCCCAGUGGUGCUGUUCUUGUAGUCCCAGUUUAAGUUGUGCAAAGACUGAGUUCAGUAGAUGGAAUCUAUGCGACGACGACGA